AUGCUCCGGGCGCUGAGCAGGUCUCCGUCAGGGGCGCAUAAGGCCGUCGAGGACAAGUGGCGCAAGGUGUGGACCGAGCUGCAGCACCAAAAGCAGCAGCGGCAGAAGCUGGGCGCGGACGAGCAGGCCACUGCUGCCGCAGCCAAGGACAAGCAGUACGUGCUGUCGAUGUUCCCCUACCCGUCGGGGCAACUCCACAUGGGCCACGUGCGCGUCUACACCAUCUCCGACUGUCUGUCGCGCUACCACCAGAUGAAGGGUAAGGAAGUGCUGCACCCGAUGGGAUGGGACGCGUUCGGCCUGCCCGCUGAGAAUGCAGCCAUUGAGCGGGGAAUCGCGCCGCACACGUGGACGCACUCGAAUAUCGCGACGAUGAAGAGCCAAAUGCUGCGGCUCGGUAUCCAAUUCGACUGGGACAAGGAGGUGACAACGUGCGAGCCCGAGUACUACAAAUGGACGCAGUGGAUCUUCCUGCAGCUCCACAAGGCCGGCCUCGCCUACCAGAAGGAGGCCGCCGUCAACUGGGACCCCAUCGACAAGACCGUGUUGGCCAACGAGCAGGUAGACGCGGAUGGCAAGUCGUGGCGCUCUGGGGCCAAGGUGGAGCAGAAGCUGAUGAAGCAGUGGUUCUUCAAGAUCACCGAAUUCGCGGACGCUCUGGUGGAGGAUCUCGCCGGCUUGAAGGGCUGGCCGGAGCAGGUGAAGCUCAUGCAGCAGCACUGGAUCGGCAAAUCCAAGGGCGCCUACCUCGAAUUUCCCAUCAAACGCGAACUCUCCGCCUCCUCGGGUGCGAAGGCGGAGGAGCCGCUGAGAAUUUUCACGACGCGUCUGGACACGCUCUUGGGCGUGACCUACGUGGUGCUCGCACCACAGCACCCGCUGGUCCAGGAGAUCGCCAAGAACACCGAAGACGCCAAGCUGCGCGCGUUUGUGGACGAGUUCGCCAAGUCCAAGCGCUCCCUGCAGGAGGACUACGGCAAGUCCAAGAAGGGAAUGAAGCUGCCGGGCGUGACUGCCGUGCACCCCGUCACCAAGGAAUCACUCCCGGUCUACAUUGCGGACUACGUGCUGAUGGACUACGGAGAGGGAGCUGUGAUGGCGGUGCCAGCGCACGACACACGGGACUACGAAUUUGCCAAGCAGUUCGAUCUGCCCAUCAAGACCGUCAUCACCCCCGACCAGCACACAAUUGUCGAUGGCGGGGUGCAGGAGGAGCACAAGGAGGGCGACCCGUUCUGCGGCGAGGGGCGGGUCGUGAACAGCGGCCCCGAGCUCGACAACCUCACGUCGGAGGAGGCCCGGCGCAAGCUGCUCCGCAUUCUCGGCGAACAGGGCGUCGGCGGCGAAUACACCAACUACCGACUCAGGGACUGGCUCAUCUCACGCCAACGGUACUGGGGCGCGCCGAUACCGAUGGUCUACUGCGAGGCCGACUGCGGGGUGGUGCCGGUGCCCGAGAAGGAUCUGCCGGUGGUGCUGCCCGUAGAUGGCCUCGAAUUCUCGGGCCGGGGCGGAUCGCCGCUGGGCUCGCUCGAGCACUGGCUCCACACCGACUGCCCCAAGUGCGGAGGACGAGCCAAGCGGGAGACGGAUACGAUGGACACGUUCGUGGACUCGUCGUGGUAUUUCCUGCGCUAUCCCGACGCCAACAACACCGACGCACCGUUCGACAAGGCGGUGACGAACAAGUGGAUGCCGAUCGACGUCUACAUUGGCGGGAUCGAGCACGCCAUCCUGCACCUCCUCUACUCGCGCUUCAUCACCAAGUUCCUCCACGCCCAGGGCCACCUCAACUUCUCCGAGCCCUUCCCCAACCUGCUCACCCAGGGCAUGGUCCAAGGCCGCACCUUCAAGGAUCCGCACACGGGCGCCUUCCUCAAGCCCGACACGGUCGAGAAGGUGGGCGACAAGUUCAUUCACAAGCCGACCAACCAGGAGGUGGCCAUCUCGUGGGAGAAGAUGUCCAAGUCCAAGUACAACGGCGUCGACCCCGACAGGAUCGUGGACGAGUGGGGCGCCGAUACAGCGCGACUCUUCGUUCUCUUCAAGGCUCCGCCGCAUCUUGAGCUCGAGUGGGAGAAUGCGGGGAUCACGGGCGCCUAUCGCUGGAUCGGGCGCCUUUGGAACCUCGUCAACACCUUCGUCCAACGCGACCCCUCCGCCGACACCCCAUCACCCCCGCCCUCAGUGACUGAGCGGGCCAAGGAGGAGAAGGACCUGCUGGCGCUCACCCACGAGACCAUCACCAGCGUGACCAAGGCAUUGGACGCUGCGCCCUAUUCGUUCAACACGGCGGUGGCCGACCUCAUGAAGCUCUCCAACAAGAUCACCACUCACUCGCCGCAGUACUACCUCUCACUGCGUUCGCUCGUGCUGCUGCUCCACCCCUUCGCUCCCCACGUCUCGUCGGAGAUGUGGCAGGCGCUGGUGGCCCACGGGCCAGCCCACGAGUCGGCGUGGGCGGGCAGCUCAGCCGCACCCGAGCUAUCGCGCCAGCUGUGGCCCGUCGCCAACGAGGAGUUCAUGAAGAAGGACGAGGUGAAGGGCAAGACGAGGGGCACGUUCGUGAUGCCGGCGGCCGAGGUCGGCGACAAGGCGGCCGUGGAGCGAUAUGCGCGCGAGUCCGCGGUGGGCAAGAAGGCCCUCUGGCAGCGCGACGUCAAAAAGGUAGUCAUUCCGCCCAACGGCAAAAUCGUCAACUUUGUCUGCUGA